UUGCAGAGCUUCAGGCGUCUUUAAACUGAACUGACUCAGUAAACAUGACCUGCAACAAAUAGAUUUUGAACAAUUCCGUGGAGCAUGUCACUUAAACUUUUGGCCAUUAUUGAACAACUAAUACGCGAUUAUUGUUCGUAAAGCCCAGCUGAGGUGGGCCUGAUCCAGCAAGAGGGAUUUGUUCUCUUGCUGCAUUCCUGAUGGAGUCGUACAGAGUCAAUCAACCGGCCCGCUCUUCCAGGCCUCACAAUGGAGCUGGCUCCUAUGGCCUCAGCAUUAGGGUCCAGGGGAUUGAUGGACACCCCUACGUGGUGCUGAACAACCAGGACUGUGGGUCCAACUCCUAUACAGAUCCUAAUAGUAACGGCUACAAUGACACACAGGGCUCCUUUAUUGACAACUACCAUGAGUAUGACUUCAAAGGAAGCAGAGAGGCUGUUUCUGACAGCCCCUUUGUUGAGUACAGGUCCCAGAAACAGAUGCAGUUUGGGGGCUCUCACAAUGGAGUCACAGAGCAGGGGAAGAAGCCAGCAUCCACCCUGCUGAACUUCCAGAGACACCCAGAGAUCCUCAAGCCUUAUGACCCAGAGAACAACACCUUGAACCUGGACUGUAACCACAGCCUGCCUCCCCGGCCGAUGUCCCUGGCGGAGACUGGGAGCACCUACCAGGGCUCUUCUCCCAGAUCCACCUCCCCAGUAGUCGCCCAUGCCGGGUCAUCCAGCCUGGAUCAUAGGAGGAGUCCUGCCCUGCAGGAGAGAACACAGCCCCAGCCCCAGCCCCAGCCCCAGACCCAGCCCCAGCCCAAGCCCCAGCCCCAGCCAGCCCCCUCUAAGCCUCAAACCAAACGAGUCCAGUCUCAAUCCAAGCCUCAAGCCCAGCUGGCUCAGCCACAGUCUAAGCCUCAGACCCAGGUGGCCCAGCCCCAGUCCAAACUCAAGCACCUGUCCAAACCCCAACCCCAGUCUCUGCCACAAUCCAAACCCCAGUCUCCUCCCCAGUCUCAGUCUCCACCCCAGUCCCAGCUGCCCCAACGCGUCCCCAUACCCCAGCCCUAUGCUGUGUCCAGACCUCCCAGUGAGCAGACCAAGGCUUCCUGCCGGUCCGCCAGCUCCAUUAGCAGUGCCAACUCUAGUCUGGAGCGCAGCCGCCAUGAGCCAGACAUCCUCCCCCUGCGCAGAGUUGACUCUAGCGGCCCCGUGCUGCAGUCCUCGUCCCGCUCCCGCCACUCCUCUACCUCCUCUACCGACCAGUUGGAGGCGCUGUACGCAGAUACCAUCAACCGCCACCAGAACCGACGCUACAUCCCCUUCCAACCCGGCACGGGCCGAGACAUCGACACAGGCUCCAUCCCCGGCGUGGACGAGCUCAUCGAUAAGUUUGAUGGUAAGGAUGGUGGUCACCAGCGACGGGGCAGGGCGGGCCGCAGGAACAGGAUCAAUCCAGAGGACAGGAAGCGCUCUAGGAGUGUGGACAGCGCCCUCCCCUUUAGCCUCCGGGGAGAGUCGGAAUACAUGGAUGAGUUUAGCAAGAACCAGGGGAGGUCCACGGAGCACGUCCUCCGCCCCUCACAGCUGCAUCUGCAGAAGGUGUCUGGGAGUAAAGACUCCUGGGUGACAGCGGUGGAGGGGAAGCCAAGUGCCAAAGCUUCGGCCUGUGGUAGCAGUGCUCCAGGCUCCCCUCAGAGCAUGACCUCUAAAGCAGCAGGCUCCAUCCAGGGGUAUAAGGUGGUGCUAAAUCGCUCCUCUACGUUACCCCUGGACAGUACAGAUGCUGAGGAUGGUCAGUCUUCACCAAACACAAAGAUUUUAACAAGUGUGGCUACAACCUCACUAUCCAAGCCUUCCUCUAACUUUGUCAAGAAGCCUAAUGCAGAGAUGGAUGUGCAGGUGACACCUGAUCUUUUGAAAGGUCAGCAGGAGCUUUCACAACAAACACAUGAAGAGACGGCAAAACAGAUUUUGUUUAAUUACCUCAAGGAUGGGAGCACUGAUAAUGAGGACACCACUAAGAGGAAGGUCAACCUGGUGUUUGAGAAGAUACAGACAUUAAAGUCGCGGGCAGCGGGGAGCGACAACAAAUCUCCUGACAUGGCUACCCAAGCCAAAGCCCUACAGGAACAGAGGGUAGCACUAGAGAAGGAAGUUGUUGAACUGAAAAAGCAGCUGGAGGAGCAAACCAAGAAGCAGAUGGGUCUGACUGAGGCCCAUGAAAAGGCCGGAGCGGGGGUGAAGGUCCUGCAGACGGAGCUGGAGAGGAGCCAGGAGGAAUGCUCCCGACUGAGGGACAAACUGGCCAAAACAGAGGCUGAGCUCCGCACCACAUUGGAGGAGCUGUUCCAGGUGAAGAUGGAGAGGGAGCAGUACCAGACGGAGAUCAGGGACCUGCAGGACCAGCUGUCAGAGAUGCACGACGAGCUGGAUGGCGCCAAGACGGUCGUGACCGACGGAGAGAAGGAUGCCAUGAUGGAGGAGCUGAUGCAAAUUAAGCUGGACUUACAGGAGGUGCUGCUGGCCAAGGAGGAGCAGGAGGAGGUGCUGAGGAGGAGGGAGAGGGAGCUGACUGCCCUGAAGGGAGCACUGAAGGAGGAGGUGGCCACACACGACCAGGAGGUGGAUAAACUGAGGGAGCAGUAUGAGAAGGAGAUCCGCAAGCUGCAGGCGUCUGUGGAGAAGGCCAAACAGAGCAGUGCUGCAGUGGGCAAGGAGAAGGCUGAAGUGGAGGCAGCCAAGGGGGCAGUGGAGGGCCAGGCGGGACGUCUUAGCCAGGAGGCCGAGAAGCUGAGAAAGCGGGCACAGGAGCUGGAGAACGAAGUGGCCAAACUCAACCGUAUCGUUGAUGAUGCCAAGCUACAGGAGAGCAAGCUGGGGGACAGAGUCGGCCGGCUUGAGAUAGAGAAGAGGCAGCUGGAAGAGUCUUUGGAAGAAAUCAAGGAGCAGGAGGAGGAGAUGUCACGUGCCAACCGUGCUCUGACCACGCGGUUAGAGGAUGUACAGAGGAACUUGACCAAGCUGAACCAUGACCACAGAGAGCUGGAGGAGAGGCUGAAGGAGGAGAGGAGUCAAAAAGAACAGUUCAAGAACACUAAGAAUGAGAUAGAGGACGAGAGGAGUCUGCUGGACCGCACAGUGGAGAAACUACAGAGGGAGAUGAGUGAGAUCGUGGAGGCCUCUCAGUCGUCCACCCAGGAGCUGCAGGAGCAGAUAGACGUGUACAAGGAGAAGAACCGUCGGGAGCUGGCUGAGCUUCAGAGGCAGCUGAGGGAACGGGGUGUGGAGCUGGACAAGUCUCGUCUGGCUUCUAAGUCCCUACAGGAGGAGCUGAGCCAUGUGGAGGAAGACCUGAGGCAGUGUAAGAGGGAGAGGGAUGAUUCGGUGCUCAAGGAGAAGGCCCUGGAGCAGAAAGUCUAUGACCUGGAGGUGGAGGCAGAGACCAAAGCCCACUCCAAGGAUGACAAAAUCCGACAGGUCAAACUCAUGGAGGACAGGAUCAAUCAGCUGGAGCUGGAUCUGGAUGAAGAAAAGCAAAGUGGAGACCUGCUGAUUGUCAGGAUAGACCGAGGCAGAGAACAGGUGGAGCAGAUGAGGAAUGAACUCCUGCAGGAGAGGGCAGGCAGACAGGACCUGGAAUGUGACAAGAUGACUCUGGAGAGACAGAACAAGGACCUGAAGAGUAGAAUAGCCCAUCAGGAGGGCUCCCAGAAGUCUAACAAGGAGGGCCUGGUGAGCCAGCUGGAGAGCCGGAUCCAGGAGCUGGAGGAGAGGCUGGAGGGAGAGGAGCGGGACCGUGCCAACCUGCAGCUGGUGAACCGGAGGCUGGAGAGAAAGGUGAAGGAGAUGAUGAUGCAAGUUGAUGAAGAGCACCACUCACUGCAGGAUCAGAAGGACCAGCUGAACCUGCGUCUGAAGGCCCUGAAGAGGCAGAUGGACGAGGCGGAGGAGGAGAUUGACCGGCUGGAACACGGCAAGAAGAAGCUGCAGAGAGACCUGGAUGAACAGCAGGAGGCCAACGAGCAGCUCCAGAGCCAGCUCAAAUCCCUGCGCAGCGAAAUGAGGCGUAAGACCAACUCUGCUCCACUGGACGACGAUGAUGAUGAGGAUGACAUCAGCACGGACGGAGAGACCUACUUCCGCUCUUCAUCUGGCUAUAAACGCUCCUCUAGCCAAGACAACAUCCUGUCAACAUUCUCUUUGUGAACCAACACAAUGAAGAGAAUGUUACUAAAACUACAGAAGGACCAAGUGGAGUGACUCCUAUUCAGAGAGACCACUUUCAGGUCACGACGUGCUUUUGGAAAACCGGUCAAAUAGCAUAGGGAUGUGUGUUUGCUUUUCCUUUUACAGUACAUAGAUUGAGAGGGAAUGGCUGGAUAAUAGUUAUUGAUUAAUUGCAAUGUCUUGUAAAUUAUUGAUUAUAAUUUAGCAAUAGUUUAAUUAUCAGCACAAUUUCUAAGUUUGUAGAUAAUCAUUGCAUGUGUCUUCUUACAUCUCAUGAAUGAUCCAGCAAAGAGAUGUAAAGGGAAUCCAAUAAUUCACCUUGUAAUGCAAUCUAAAGGACAGCAUUCUGUAACCUCUUAUGCCUUAUUGAAAUGUAUCAAUGUAUUAAUCCCACACUAGAUUUUAUAUCUUUAAUCAAAUAUGUUAAGCCGCUUAUCAAGUCUGAUAGCAACAAAUUUCAUUUGAAACAUUCAUUUUUGUAUUGUGCAUUAGAAUAUCAAUUCAAUUUUGUAAUGAAGUCAGGCAGAGUGUAAGGCCUUAAAUUGAUUUGAGUGAAAUAUUAGCUAUUUAUUUACUUUUGAAUAUAUGAAGAAAUGGCUGAAUGAAGGGCAAUAUGUUUUUAGGGAAAUUUGUAUGAGGGAUUCUUCUUUAUACAGAUGCUUUUUUUGUAUAUUUUUUUUACCUGAAUAAGGAAUAGUAAUCCAUCCAUAAUGUUAGCGUGGUCUACAGAACACAUCUCUGUUUUAUCACUUCUGUUUUCAGGUUUAUGACUCCUGACUUAUUGCAGUAUUCAACCCUGCCUUUAUUAAAAUUAGAUACAGUAGAACUUUUAUAAAGACUGGUUAGAUCACCGUUCUCAAAUCAAGGUUCUACUGUGUAUUUUUAGUUGGGCUUUUCCACUAACUACUGGGACUGCGCUGUUACUCCUGAGAUUAUUGUUUAAAUCGUCAAUAAUCAAUUUUUUUGUAUUAUAGUAACAAACACAUUCCUUACUUUUGUUUAAAAUGAUUCAUCUCUGUAUUUCAUAGAAAUAUGACUUUUACCAGAAACAUGUUACAAUGUGAGAAGAAGCUAUUUAUGUUUAUGGUAUAUCCUCCAAGAACUAAACAGUGUUAAUAUUGGACAUACGAGUCAAUCUAAUGUAAAAUUAACAUUUAUCUUUGUGUUGCCUACCUUUGUAUUUGCUAUGUGCACCUGUGGGAGCAUAUUAAUAUGCUAUAUGACCAUACAGUCAGUACCUGUUAUAAGCAUCUGUUGUGCCUAUCUAAUUAUCUGUUGGAGGGGACUGUCCUCUGUUAUGCAAGUUUAUAUGAUGAGGGACUUUCUACAGGUGAGCUGUAUUGACAAUCGAUCUGUUUAGCUACACUGUGAUGAUUUGCACUGUCCGAGGGAUUAUUUCUGAAGGUGUCCAAGGCUGUUGCCAUGUGGAAUGAAGAAGAGGCCUUUGGCUGUGUGCCUCCUCCAGGCGUUUUGGAGUGGGGGGGUUGGGAAGAAAUACUGCCGCUACCUCUCUGUAUGUACACAUCUGUACUUUGCUGAGACAAAAACCCUGCUAAAAUGAAAUAAAGUUAUCCUUAGUUAAUCUCA